AUGUUAUCGAAUUGUACGACAAGUGCGAAAGUUAUAUCCAUAUCCUCAUUUGAUUAUAUAAACUCAAGAGUUUCUGAAGUUGGUCUCGCUGCAUUCUUUUACAAAACCGAAUUCAGCCAUAAGCGGUGCUGUUUCGCCUAUAACUUUGCUCAACCAUGUUUAUUCGUCGGUUUCAAGAAGAUGAGUUGGUCGGUCAAAAGCAGCGUAAACGACGGAAGUUUUAGUCCGUCAAACGGAACUAACGGAAGGACACGUAUAAUCAGAGUGAUUCAAGAGUUUCAAACUAAAUUAGGCUCUAAAAUUGAAAAGGUAAAGAAAAAUCUUCCAAUGAAACUUCUUUUCUUCUUGGUUGGAUUUUAUUGCGCAACCGCGUUUUCCACGGUUAUUGGACAAACCGGGGAUUGGGAUAUUCUAUCUGCUGGCUUAACUGUUGUUGUUGUGGAAGGGAUUGGCGCUCUCAUGUAUAGUUCAUCUCUUCCUUUAGUUAUUAGAAGCUUAAUAUCAGUGUUUAAUUAUUGGAAAGCUGGCCUUACAUUGGGACUUUUCUUGGACUCUUUCAAAUAUUAA